CCCGGGAACCCCGGGCAGCCACUGCAAGCCCCCAGGCGGGGGCGGCCCGCCGAGCUGCGGGGUCGGGCACGGGUCCAGGCACUGGAGGCGGGGGGAGCGCCGGGGCGGCCGGCGGGACUUCCGUCCCGGACCCGGAAGGGGCUGCGGCGCCGCUGGUGGGAGUUGUAGUCCGGCCGUGGUUGGGGGGGCCCGCGGCUCAUGCGCGGUGCACCGAGGCUUGUUUCACAUCUGUAACAACAGAGUUGGUAACUGAAUUUCAGUGAUUGGAAUAAUUUCCCCUGAGGGGACCAAAACUCCAGUGACCCAGCAUUGUACUUCCCAGGAGGAGGCCGAGCCUCGUGAUGAGGAAUAGCAAGGAGAGAAUUCAGCUCCAGUUCAAAAGCCUGCAAAAUCUGAGACUGUCACUGCUUUUGUAAGGAUUCCAGCUUUCCUACCUGGCCAGAAAUGUUCAGCCUGGACUCCUUCAGAAAAGAUCGGGCCCAGCACAGGCAGCGUCAGUGCAAACUCCCCCCACCCCGCCUUCCACCCAUGUGUGUCAACCCUGCCCCCGGAGGGACCAUCUCUCGAGCUUCUAGGGACCUAUUAAAGGAAUUCCCACAGCCCAAAAACCUUCUGAACAGUGUGAUAGGAAGAGCUCUCGGCAUCUCACAUGCAAAAGACAAACUCGUCUAUGUGCACACAAAUGGACCGAAGAAAAAGAAAGUCACCCUGCACAUAAAGUGGCCCAAGAGCGUGGAGGUAGAAGGCUAUGGCAGCAAGAAGAUCGACGCUGAGCGGCAGGCCGCAGCUGCAGCCUGCCAGCUGUUCAAGGGCUGGGGCCUGCUGGGUCCACGCAAUGAACUGUUUGAUGCUGCCAAAUACCGAGUGCUAGCUGAUCGCUUUGGCUCGCCGGCUGACAGCUGGUGGCGCCCGGAACCCACCAUGCCCCCCACUUCCUGGCGGCAGCUGAAUCCUGAGAACAUUCGGCCAGGGGGACCAGGUGGCCUGUCCCGCUCCUUGGGUCGGGAGGAAGAGGAAGAUGAAGAGGAAGAGCUAGAAGAGGGGACCAUUGAUGUUACUGAAUUCCUGUCCAUGACCCAGCAGGACUCCCACAACCCACUCAGGGACUCAAGGGGGGGGUCCUUUGAAAUGACAGACGAUGACAGUGCUAUUAGGGCUUUGACCCAGUUUCCGCUUCCCAAGAACCUCCUGGCCAAGGUGAUUCAGAUUGCAACGUCCUCCUCCACAGCUAAGAACCUCAUGCAGUUCCAUACUGUGGGCACCAAGACCAAGCUGUCUACACUCACCCUGCUCUGGCCUUGUCCUAUGACCUUUGUUGCCAAAGGGCGCCGCAAAGCAGAGGCUGAGAAUAAGGCAGCAGCCUUGGCCUGCAAGAAGCUGAAGAGCCUGGGCCUGGUGGACAGGAACAACGAGCCGCUUACCCAUGCCAUGUACAACCUGGCCUCCCUGCGGGAGCUGGGCGAGACCCAGCGGCGGCCGUGUACCAUCCAGGUGCCGGAGCCCAUCCUCCGCAAGAUAGAGACCUUCCUAAAUCACUAUCCUGUGGACAGUUCGUGGAUCUCUCCAGAGCUGCGGCUGCAGGGCGACGACAUUUUGCCCUUGAGCAAGGACUCUGGGCCCCUGAGUGACCCUAUCACGGGCAAGCCCUACGUGCCUCUGUCAGAAGCAGAGGAAGUGCGGCUGAGCCAGAGCUUGCUGGAGCUGUGGCGGCGGCGAGGACCAGUCUGGCAAGAGACCCCUCAGCUACCUGUAGACCCCCAUCGGGAUACCAUCCUCAAUGCUAUUGAACAGCACCCGGUGGUGGUCAUUUCCGGGGACACCGGCUGUGGGAAGACCACGCGCAUCCCGCAGCUACUGCUGGAGCGCUAUGUGACAGAGGGCCGUGGCGCCCGCUGCAAUGUGAUCAUUACCCAACCUCGCCGCAUCUCGGCUGUGUCCGUGGCCCAGCGGGUCAGCCAUGAACUGGGCCCUUCCUUGCGCCGGAAUGUGGGCUUCCAGGUGCGGUUAGAAAGCAAGCCCCCAGCCCGAGGUGGAGCACUGCUCUUCUGUACCGUGGGCAUCCUGCUGCGGAAGCUGCAGAGCAACCCCAGCCUGGAGGGCGUGAGCCACGUCAUUGUGGACGAGGUGCACGAGCGGGAUGUGAACACGGACUUCCUGCUCAUUCUGCUCAAGGGCCUGCAGCGGCUCAACCCGGCCCUGCGGCUGGUGCUCAUGAGCGCCACGGGCGACAAUGAGCGCUUCUCCCGCUAUUUUGGUGGCUGCCCCGUCAUCAAGGUGCCUGGAUUCAUGUACCCUGUCAAGGAGCACUACCUGGAAGACAUCCUGGUCAAGCUGGGCAAGCACCAGUACCCGCACCGGCACCGGCACCAUGAGUCGGAGGAUGAAUGCGCGCUUGAUUUGGACCUCGUGACUGAUCUGGUUCUGCACAUCGACGCCUGUGGGGAACCAGGUGGGAUCCUGUGCUUCCUGCCUGGAUGGCAGGAGAUCAGAGGAGUGCAGCAACGCCUCCAGGAGGCCCUGGGCUUGCACGAGAGCAAGUACCUCAUCCUGCCAGUGCACUCCAACAUCCCCAUGAUGGACCAGAAGGCCAUAUUCCAGCAGCCUCCAGCAGGGGUGCGCAAGAUUGUCUUGGCCACCAAUAUUGCCGAGACCUCCAUCACGGUCAAUGACAUUGUACAUGUGGUGGACAGCGGUCUGCACAAGGAGGAACGCUACGACCUGAAGACCAAGGUGUCCUGCUUGGAGACUGUGUGGGUGUCGAGAGCAAACGUGAUCCAGCGUCGGGGCCGGGCAGGCCGCUGCCAAUCAGGCUUUGCCUACCACUUGUUCCCACGGAGCCGGCUGGAGAAAAUGGUCCCUUUCCAAGUGCCAGAGAUCCUGCGCACACCUCUGGAGAACCUGGUGCUGCAAGCCAAGAUCCACAUGCCUGAGAAGACGGCAGUCGAGUUCCUCUCGAAGGCUGUGGACAGUCCAAACAUCAAGGCGGUAGAUGAGGCUGUGAUCUUGCUCCAGGAGAUCGGGGUGCUGGACCAGCGAGAGUACCUGACCACCUUGGGGCAGCGUCUGGCCCACAUCUCUACUGACCCGCGGCUGGCCAAGGCUAUCGUACUAGCUGCCAUCUUCCGCUGCCUGCACCCACUGCUAGUGGUGGUUUCCUGCCUCACCCGGGACCCUUUCAGCAGCAGCCUGCAGAACCGGGCAGAGGUGGACAAGGUGAAGGCAUUGCUGAGCCAUGACAGCGGCAGCGACCACUUGGCCUUUGUGCGGGCUGUAGCCGGCUGGGAGGAGGUGCUGCGUUGGCAGGACCGCAGCUCCCGGGAGAACUACCUAGAGGAAAACCUGCUCUACGCACCCAGCCUGCGCUUCAUCCAUGGGCUCGUCAAGCAGUUCUCGGAGAACAUUUACGAGGCUUUCCUGGUGGGGAAGCCGUCAGACUGCACGCUGCCCUCUGCCCAGUGCAAUGAGUACAGUGCGGAGGAGGAGCUGGUGAAGGGCGUGCUGAUGGCUGGUCUCUAUCCCAACCUCAUCCAGGUGAGGCAGGGCAAAGUGACCCGACAGGGGAAGUUCAAGCCCAACAGUGUCACUUACAGGACCAAAUCAGGCAACAUCCUGCUGCACAAGUCAACCAUUAACAGGGAGGCCACAAGGUUACGGAGCCGAUGGCUGACAUAUUUCAUGGCAGUCAAGUCCAAUGGCAGCGUCUUUGUCCGGGACUCCUCCCAGGUGCACCCGUUAGCUGUCUUGCUGCUGACCGAUGGCGACGUGCACAUCCGCGAUGAUGGGCGCCGUGCCACCAUCUCACUGAGUGACAGUGACCUGCUGCGGCUGGAGGGUGACUCACGCACUGUGCGGCUGCUGAGGGAGCUGCGCAGGGCCCUGGGCCGCAUGGUGGAGCGGAGCCUGCGCAGUGAGCUGGCUGCGCUUCCCCCCAGUGUGCAGCAGGAGCACGGGCAGCUGCUGGCACUGCUGGCAGAGCUGCUGCGAGGACCCUGUGGUAGCUUUGAUGUGCGCAAGACAGCAGAUGACUGAGCCCCACUCCCUGGGGCUGUGUACAGAGUGCAAAUGUUUAUUUAAAAUAAAGUUCUAUUUAUCCCUUGUGA